AUUGACACUCUUUGUAAUGCGACCACUAUGGAUACUGUCACAAAGCAGAAAGCUGUUGCCGGCAUUACUACGUGGACAGAGAACAAUGAGCUCAAAACCAAGUGUCUAUGUGACUCGACCAGAUGUUGAUGCCAGCGGUCUGGAAUUGCUGCGCAAGAGUUGCAAUGUGAGCACAUGGAAGGAAGCUCUGCCCGUACCCCGCGAAGUACUGCUGCGUGAGGUUGUUGGAAAGGACGCCCUUUACUGCGCUCUUACAGACAAGAUCGAUGUGGCGGUAUUGGAUGCUGCUGGCUCUCAGCUGAAAUGUGUGUCCACAAUCUCAGUGGGCUAUGAGCAUAUCGACGUGGAGGAGUGCAGGAAACGUGGAAUACGAGUGGGCUUCACCCCGGAUGUGCUGACCGACGCCACGGCGGAGUUGACGCUCGCCCUGCUGCUGGCCACCAAUCGCCGUCUCUUUGAGGCGAGUAAGCAGGUCUACAACGGUGGCUGGAAGUCUUGGGCGCCCAUGUGGAUGUGCGGCCAGGGGCUGAAGGGAUCGCGGGUGGGGCUCUUGGGCUUUGGACGCAUUGGUCAGGAGAUAGCUGCGCGAAUUUUCCCUUUCAAGCCAGCCGAGAUAACCUACACGACCCGCACGGCGCGACCGCAAGAGGCGGCAGCGGUAAACGGACGGCAUGUGGACUUUGACGAGAUGCUGCGAAACUCCGACUUUAUCGUGGCCUGCUGUGCUUUGACCCCGGAAACCAAGGAAAUCUUCAACGCAGAGGCAUUCAAUAAAAUGAAGCCCAAUUGCAUUUUUAUAAACACUGCGCGUGGUGGAGUCGUUGACCAGAAGGCUCUGCAUGAAGCACUUGCAUCCAAACGUAUCCUGGCUGCCGGAUUGGAUGUGACCACUCCAGAGCCCCUGCCUCUUGAUGAUCCGCUGCUCAAAUUGGAUAAUGUCGUCAUAUUGCCGCAUAUAGGAAGCGCCGAUAUCGAAACACGCAAGGAAAUGUCGCGUAUCACGGCGCGAAAUAUUCUAGCAGCUCUGACGGGAGCAAAAAUGGAAGCCGAAGUAUCAGUCUAAGUGAAAUAUUUGUCUUAUUCUUAUUAAAGUGAAGAAUCUUAUCUGAAUGCAAA